GUCUAUUUGGAAGAUAAUUACUUAAUUUGUGUUUUUAGAAUUAUAUACUUAAAACAUAAAAAUUAAAAGGACUAUUACAUUUUAUUGGAUGUGACAGAUGUGUUUGUUCUUGUUUUUAUUUUUUUAUUUUUAUCAUGAAGAACAAUAACCGCUAGGUGUCGCCAGCUGACAGUUACGGGCUCUUUUUCUAAUCAAGAAGAAGUCGUAACUUCCGGUUUUGGGAAGUCUCUUUGGUUGUAUUUUGUCCUCAUUUUUGUCAAGCUAAAGACGAAAAAGCCACUCCCGUCAGUCGUUUUCUAGCAUUGUGGACCAGAGUGGAGUUUUAUGUGACGUUUUAAUGCUAAACGACCCAGCCAUGUCCGUGGUUUGUGAUGGGGGUCCGCUGAAAGCGAUGCAGAGUUCUCACAGCCUCACCGCCCAGACAACCCUGAGUGCCCAGGAGCUGUCUCAGGAGAUCAAGUCCUUCAUCAGUGGUGUUGAUGCAGUUAAUGGCCGAAAGCUCAGCGUCAGGGAGCACGCUCGCUGCGCCGUGCGGCUGCUGCGCUCGGUCCCUGCCUGUCGAGAGGCAGUGCUGGAGCAUCUCAGGGGCGUGUAUGAUGAGCAUGUGUCUGCUUUCUUGGUCAAUCUGGAGACAGAGGGUAGUUCCACCUCAGGAGGGAACUCCAAUCUUGAGGACAUCAUACAGGAGGUACACGUUGUGCUGUCAGAGUUCAUCCGUCUUAAUCCGAGAGCAUGGGCACCCUUGGUGUCUACCUGGGCUGUGGACCUGCUCGGUCAGCUGAGCAGCAAGCACGCGGGGCGCCGGGUGGCCCCCCACUCUGCCAGCCUCAACGAGCUGCUGCAGCUCUGGAUGUCUUGCGCUUCCACUCGCUCCCUCAUGGAAGCCUACUCGCAAUGUUUGGCUGCAAUGCUGGCGUGGUGCCCUGACGCCUGCGUGGACGCACUGUUGGACACCUCAGUACAGCACUCCCCACAUUUUGACUGGGUGGUGGCUCAUAUUGGCUCAGCUUUCCCAGGAACCAUUAUCAGCAGGGUGUUGGCCUGUGGGCUAAAAGACUUCUGCUCCCAUGGUGCUAAGGACCAAGGGCCACUGAUAAUGGGAAUGGAUAAAGGUAAUAGAAUCCCCAAAAUUGGCUCGGUGGUUGGAAUUCUCGGCCACCUUGCAGCACAUCACUCUGAAAGCAUUCGAAAGGAGCUGCUCAGGAUGUUUCAGGAAAGUCUGAGUCCUUCAAGCCCGCUUUCUCCUACUUCGUCAUCAACCUCUUGGGAAAGCUCCCCUCAACUUCGACGGUCUGCAGUUCCAUUUCUGCUACAGCUCGCUGCCAUGUCCCCAAACCUUUUCGGCGCUGUGUCUGCUGAGCUUGUAGAGCAGCUACGCCCACCAAUUCUGCUCCAGCUGCAGGCUCUGCUGCAAGUUCUCCCUAAGGAAGAACUGGAAAACAUGCUGGGGCUUGCUGUCCAUCUGAUCAGCCAGAGCCCAACAGGAGGAGCUAGAGUCCUCAAAUUCCUUGCAGACACAGCCACCCCAGCUUCUGUGAUUAUCUCUGGACCGACCCCCUCACCUCAUGAAGGAGUCAGAGAAGGCUGUGACCGCCUUCUGCAGAUGCUGCUCCUGCAUCUCCACAAGCUGGUCUUCAAUCGCUCUGAUGGAGCUGAGGUCAGCCCUCAUACUUCUGCCUCCUCGCAGCCUCAGCGGGUGAUUCCUUUCUUGGAGGAGCUGCGCUCUCAUGUAGCGCAGCUGUGUGCUGAAACCCUGCGUCUGGAGCGAAAGCGUCACCUGUGGCUGCAUCAGCUACUCUGUCUUCUGGCAGUGUAUGGGGGUCCCAGUGUUGCCACAGAGACCCUCUGCCAGCUCCUUACACAAGCCCGUAACCCAGAAGAGUUGGCUCUUGCCUGGCAGCUGCACACCACCCUCUCAUCGUGCAUGGUGGGACUCAUUCCUGCAGCUGUAGCUCACUCAGUGGCACAGAUACACACUCACACCUUGGGACCUCGACAGCUUAAGCAGUUACUGCUUAACCUUUCCAUAGCCAUCCAAAGUCAGGAUGAAGAGAGAAGAGGAGCAGGAGCUCAGUCUUCCAUGGCGGUUCAGGUGGGCUCGGCCGUCUCAGGACAUCUUCAUGAUUUCUGCCCGCUCCUUUUGCAUAGCGAUACAGCCGUUUCUCAUGCUGCAGCCCGCCUGCUGUCAUGCAGCCCGCUCCCUCGCACAUCUUCCCCAGCACACCUGCUCCUGCUGUCCCGGGCGGCUGUCACUCAUUUCUUUGUAGCACUGCGGAAACGUGUGGAGGCUGGGAACGUGGGUAGAGAUGGGGCACAGGCGGGAGAGGCUGUGAACUGUUCAGUUCUGAUUUUAUCUCGGUUCGCAGCAUACUCCCCUCUCACUCUGAAGGCAAUCCUUCAGCAGCUGGCAGAGGGCGCGCUGCAUAAAGGCAAUGCCGACCUGUUUGGAGGGCAGGUUGCAGACAUGUCAGGAGCCCCAGUGACAAACCCCUCAGUGUCCUCUGAUCUGGGAGCGUCUCUACUCGAUAUAAACUGUCGCUUUGGCACAAGCGUUAAUUUUUCCGGAAGUGUGUGGUCUGUUUUUCACGCAGGGGUGAUUGGAAAGGGGCUUAAGCAUCGCACUGCCUCACAGCAGCCUGACCCAGCAGGAGUCAUCCGGAACAUCCAGACUCUUGUUGAGGUCAUAGUUCAGUGCUGCACCUCUUCUGGCCUCAAUGGCACUCCGUCACCCUCUGACCCCGAGGAACCCCUUCCCAUCAAUGCAGAGGCAGCCAAGGUUAUAGCAGUAACUCUGGUGGAAAACGUCUGUCCAGAUGUGGCCAAUGGGGAGUUAUCAUGGCCUCCCGAGGAGCACGCUCGCACCACAGUGGAGCGAGACAUCCACAUCAGACGUUGCUUUGAGGCCCACCCCGUGCUCUUCCCUCUACUUCAGGUGGUAGCGGCUGGACGACCGGCUCUGUGCUACUGCUCUGCUGUGCUCAGGGGCCUCAUGGCCACUCUGCUAGCCCACUGGGAGGCAUCCCGCGAAGCAUCAACCACCGACUCUCCGUGGCACCUGCAGGCCUCCUGCCUACUGGUGUCUUGCAUGGGAGAGGGUCAACUCCUGCCUCCGGUCCUGGCCAACGUCCAUGAAGCUUUUCCCCAUUUGAAUCCCUUUGAGGUGAGGCUGCUGCUCCUCGCUGUGUGGGAGUAUGUGAGGGGAAACGGGCCGCUUCCGCAGAAGUUUGUCUUCAGCUCAGAAAAGGGCAUGUUCUGCAGAGAUUUCUCCAGGGACGGUGACGUGGCAAGAUACGUGGCACCAAUUCACAGCGUCCUGCAUAAAAACAUUGACAGACUGGGACACCUGUGCUGGAGAUUCCAGCUUUGAGAUGAUGUGAGAAGCAGGUGAUGGAUUGUAAAAUAGAUGAAUCCUUAUGUGUUAUAAUAAAAUUUACUGCAAAGCUUUUGUCAUUAUAAAUAGACCUUUGUAUACAGCUUUGUGUUACACUGUUUUUCAUUUGUCUUGUGAAUUUCUCAGUUUUUAUUGUAUAAAAUUGCAGAUCUGAAAUUGAACUCGAAAAAAUACAUUAAAAGUUGGUCUUAGACUGCA